AAUCAUUCAAUACUUUAAGGCAGAGACAUCGCUCGCACAGGAAAAAGAUAUAUCAUAUAUGGUUCCAAAAGACUCUUUCCAAAUCACUACUGUACUUGCAACUUCUCAUGGACGCUGCAGCGCUUGCCGUAGUUGGUAUCUUACUAUUAAUAUGUUACUUCAUCAAACCGGCCACACCAGGUUCUGCGUGCAAGCCACCGGAAGCAGGCGGUGGCUGGCCUUUGAUCGGGCAUCUUCACCUAUUUGGUGGCUCCGGUCAGCCUCUUCACGAAACCCUAGGGGCGCUGGCAGACAAGUACGGCCCAAUAUUCAGCAUCCGAAUUGGCGUGCACCCAGCGGUGGUGGUGAGCUCUUGGGAGUUAGCCAAAGAGUGUUUCACCACUCACGACGUCGCUCUUUCCUCUCGUCCCAAAUUCACCGCUGCAAAACUCUUGACAUACGACUAUGCUAGUUUCGCCUUCGCCGCUUAUGGAGACUUCUGGCGUGAGAUGCACAAGAUAACGGUUUCCGAGUUGCUUUCGGCACGCCGCUUGGAACUGCUUCAAGGCAUCAGAGAUUCGGAGGUGCAGAGCGCGUUGAAAGAAGUGUACAGAGCGUGGGAGGAGAAAAGAGGUGGCUUGGUGGUGGAGAUGAAGCAGUGGUUUGGAGACACGAGUUUGAACGUGAUUCUGUGGAUGGUUGCUGGAACGCGAUACUGUGUUUCAAGUGUAGAUGAUGAGGAAAAGGUAAGGCGUGUUCGGAAGGUAAUGAGAGAGUUCUUCCACUUGUUGGGAUUGCUUGUGGUUGGUGACGCCAUUCCCUUUCUGGGGUGGCUUGAUUUGGGAGGUGAAGUGAAGCGGAUGAAGAAAACGGCUAUUGAAAUGGAUAUCAUCGUUUCUGAAUGGUUAGAAGAACAUCGACAGAGAAGAGAAUCGGGUGAGAGUGAGACCAAAACAGAGCAAGACUUCAUUGAUGUGUUGCUGUCUGCCCUUGAUGGCCUUGAUGGUUAUGAUGCUGGUACUGUCAUAAAAGCCACAUGCUCGACACUAAUUGCUGCGGCAACAGAUACUACAUCAGUUACCAUGACUUGGGCACUAUCGUUAUUGUUGAAUAAUCGCAAUGUCCUGAGGAAAGUUCAAGAUGAACUAGAUGUGCAAGUGGGCAAGGAAAGACUGGUGAAUGAAUCAGACAUUAACAAAUUAGUAUACCUUCAAGCCGUAGUUAAAGAGACAAUGAGAUUGUAUCCAGCUUCACCACUUCCUGGUCCACGUGAAUUCACAAAAGAUUGCACCUUAGGUGGCUACCAUAUCCAAGCAGGUACCAGAUUUAUUUUGAACGCUUGGAAGCUGCAAAGAGACCCAGGUGUAUGGCCUGACCCAUUAGAGUUUCAACCAGAAAAGUUUCUCACUACACACAAGGAUGUGGAUGUGAAGGGUAAACAUUUUGAGCUACUUCCCUUUGGUGCUGGAAGAAGGUCGUGCCCUGGCAUAUCGUUUGGCCUUCAAAUGACACUUUUGGCAUUAGCUACUUUUUUGCAAGCAUUUGAAAUCACAACCCCAAACAAUGCCCAAGUUGAUAUGAGUGUCACGGUUGGACUCACUGUCAUCAAAACCACUCCACUUGAGGUUUUAGUCAAACCUCGUUUACCAUAUCAACUUCUCUCUAUGGAUGAAACUAAGGAAAAUUCAGCACAUUAACCUUUGGUGUCUAUCCCAAUUGAUGAUUGUCUUUUCCCUCCAGCCCCAUGAAUAUCAAAACCAAAUUAAGUCUUGUACUUAUACGUUAUACCCAAAAAAAAAAAAAUAACACGAUCAUUCAGUGUAAACAAUAAAAUCAUUUUAUAUGUAAUAAGAAGGAAGUCUUGAACGCAGCGUCUCACUUGUAAAGGAACUUGUUAGUGAAUUUAGUGAAAUUUUUUCUCCCA